AGCCCAGCUCCCUGAGCCUGUUGUUGCAGAGGAAGUGCUGCAGCCCCCCGCUCAUCUUUGUGGCUCCUCUGGACCCUCUCCAGCAGCUCCCUGUCCUUCUUGUACUGGGGGCUCCAGACCUGGGCACAGUGCUGCAGAUGGGGCCACUUUAAGAACCAGAAUACCUGAGUGGAUGCUCUAUUGCACAUUCUGCUGUAAAGCACAAUGUUUGCUAGGUACACCGCACAUAAAGGCUGUGUGUAUUUUUUACUGUGUGUAAACAAGUGAAUACCAACUGAUCCUUUCACUGUAAAAUCAGACAGCAAAUUCAACAAGCUGCGGCAACCCAUACGGUGCACAACUCAGAUGCUCUCUCCAGGUCCCUCUGGUCCCACGCUGCUCCAGCAGGGCCAUCGUUGGUGCCUAAUGCCGCGCCCAGGCAUCUUGUAGGGGACCUCCAAGGGCAUUUCUUAAGCUGUCCGACGUGGAAUUAAAAAUCACAGCUCCGCUGUUCUGCAGUACACCGUGCUGCGGGUCAAGGGACGCUCCGGGCCUGCGGGAGAACCUCAGGGCCGAACACCGCAGCCACGGCCGGAAGCGAUCCCACCAGGGCCGGAAGGCGUCCGCAUGCGUGCAACCUCUCGGCUCCGCUCUGUCCCGCGCCUCGUCUGCCCUGGAGGACUUGCCGGUAUGGCUGCGCAUAGUGCGCAUGCGCAACAGUCAAUCCAUUCCUCCAGAGCAGACGAGGCGCGGUGGGGGCAGUGCGGCGCUGUUGGGGCGGCCCAACGGGGAGCGUGGGAGGCCUGGGCGGCUUGGGCCUGCUCUGGUAAUUCCACAAAGAAGCGCAGUCUGCAGAAGUUCAGGGGCCAAAAGGGGCAGUACGGCUGUUGACAAGAGCACAGCCCAGUCAUGCUUUGCUUGUGACCAUGGGGAGCUGCAGCAUCCACACCACAAGGACUGUCAAAAUGGAGUUCACUGCAGAAGAAAACAGAAUCUGACAAACUGUCCAGCAGGCUUUUUCUGCCCCGAAGGAAGCAGCACACCAGUUCCGUGUCCCCGAGGCACUUUCCGUUCCGAAGGAGCAGCACUGACACCACACAGCUGCUUGGCUUGCCCAGUGGAUUUCUUUAACCCCGUGCCUGGCCAAAAAGCGUGCCUCCCAUGCGGCUCGGAGGCAGCACAGCCCACAGAAGGACAAGAAACGUGCAUCUGUCUUGGGAAAGGCCAGGUGUUUCAGGCUCGUGAUGCUCACUGCACAUGCCCUCUGGGUUAUCAGAGCUCUGUGGGUGGCAGAAGACACUGUGUCAGAAGAACAUAUGAUAUCUGUCGAGAUUCAGCCUCCCGAAAUCAGGAAGGACGGUGUCUAACCAAGAAGGAAUGGACUCACUAUUGCUCAGAAAAGGUUUGUACUAUUCCCAAGGAUUAUCAAGGCUAUGACAAGGUUCUUGGCCUCUGCAUCUGUCAAACUGACCGUCUGGAUAACAUCUGUGAUUCUCAGUGUAGGAGGCAACAAAGAGAAACCCUGCAAAUCACCUGUGCAGAGGAAAAUCCUCAGCUUUUUAUCACUUACAGAAAUGGAAGCAAGGCUGCCAUUCUCUUAGAAGAAUUAAGGACAGUUCUACUAGGAUCAUAUUUCCCUUUAAAAAAUGUCUGCACUUCAGAACAAAGCAAAUGCUCUCAUCCAGCAUACAUCGUGAAAGCAAGCGGGAGAGGAUUUUUAGGAGUGUAUAAUCCUGACCCACAGAUGUUUCAUAACUUCAUCAUGCUGAACAAGGCUUCGUCACUUCACAAAAACAGGUCUUCCUCCCCAGCAGCUCCAGUUAAUUCUGACCAUGAAGAACCCAGAUCUUCCCUGAUACAAAGCCUGAGACCUUCAACCUCCACAUCAAAAAUCAUAUUUAGUGGCAUCUUAAAUCCUACCACAUGCAUUAAUGCUAACGAUACCAUUGUGUUCAUUGUCUCCAAGGAGCAUUACCCAGUUUAUGAUGUGAACAACUUGUACAACACAAACACCGAAUUUGACUGGGGGGACUUUCGAAGACUUGCAGAGGAAAUAAGAGCUGUUUCCCCAACCUUCCUCUUCUUCCUUUUCCAGUUCCAGCACCCUGGUACCUAUGUGUUACAGCUGAGCAGCAAUCAGCACAAAAAAAUGUACAUUAGGGUCAUGCCACUUGGAGGACAAUGUUACGAAGAGGGGCCAUUCUUCCCCACAACUCCCAGAUAUGCUGUGCAGGUGGGCAUUGCCAGAAAGCAAGACCUCCUACUGAAACCUGACUGGACAGCCAUUAUUGGGGUAAUCACAGGACUUCUCACAUUGCUUAUUACCUGCGUGGUGUUGACAUUUCUUUGUCAGGGACUUAGCUGGUCACAGAAGGGCACUGCCUGCCCUCCAUUUCGAAGGCAGCAGCUGAAAUACAGUCUGGACAGAUAUUCCUCCAAUAUACCAACAGUCUUUCCCAUCAAAAAGUAUCACCCCUGGCUGCAGAACAAGGGUAGCAUGGAUGCUGACUCUUGCAACACUGGUGGAACAGCCUGCUCCAUGAAAAAGGGUGGUGUUUGGGAACCUGAAGAACAGAUAGACCUUGAGUCGUUUAACACCAACGUCUUCUUUGAACUUUUGCUGAGGCAGUCACAGUCAGUCACAGCCAAAUUGGGCCAUUUCAAAGAAGAGGUGAAAACGUUUUAUCGCAAGCUUACAAGUGAAAUAUCUGCACUGAAAAGCCUUUGGAUCAUGACACUAAAUAUCCCAGAAGAGAUGGAGUCUUAUGAGAGCACAACGACGGAGAAUUACUUGAAAGCAAAACAGCAGGCAGAAGAAGAGAUGCAGCACAGGAAGCAGUUGGCUGCGCAAUAUGAGGAAGGUGUGAACAAACAGAUGCAGUUACUGCAGCAUGAUCUGAAAUGCCAGGAAGAGCAUUAUGUCACAUUCAAUUCCGCCCUGCGAGAGGCAGUGAGGUUGGCAGAGAUGCUGACAAAUAAGAUGGCUUGUAAAAGAAGCCCAACCACUUGGUCCCAGCCAGACUGUAAAAGGCUGUUAGCCCAGAUAGAUGCUGCAAGCAACAGGAUGUCAAGCUUAAUAAUAACAGAGAGCCACCGCCUCAAAGCAUGGGGAGUGCUGGGUGAAGGAACAGGAGCUCACCUUCUUAACAAAGCUAAAGCCAGGAUCCUUACCAAACAAGAGCUUGUGGACCCAGACGGCAGUGCCCGAGCACCCGAUGUUGUCUCUGUGGAUCCUGUCACUGGGCUGUUAAUUCCCAGCCCACACUGUGCCAUGCUGCUGAGCAGCCAGUGCUCUGGGCCAGUACCCAGCAACCAUUUCCUGCAUCCAGGCACUGGGAAGGUGCUUCACAUAGCGGGCAACGUUGGUUAUGAUCCCAUCAGAUCUGGGCUGGUCUGUACUGUUGAUUCUGUUUCAGGUGAGCGUCAGAAGCCUGAAGUGCCCAUAUUUCCUUACAUUCCUUACCCAGUUUGUCCUGACACUGGCUUACCUGUGAAGACAAAACUUCCAGUCCUGUGUCCUGAACAAAUAUUUGGUCUUGGAGGACUCAUGGCAGAUCCAGUGACGGAAAUAGAAGUACCAGUGCUCGGGGUUACGAUCCAUCCUCACACUGGGCAAAAGCUGGCUGUUGGUGGGACAUACCUCAACCCCAUCACCAGCACACUGACACCGCUGGAGAUCGGGGGUCCUAUGACAGAGCCAGAGGGAGGCAAGAUAGUUCCGAUCCUCGGGGUUGGUUUGGAUGGUAACACUGGAGAAGUUAUACCUCUGGGUGGGCUGACGGAUCCUUCUGGAAACCUAAUGCUUCUUGGAGAUUCCUUCAUUGAGCCUCUGAGUGGGAAAAUUGCCCGAGUACAGGGAGCUCACCUGCAACAAGACAAGGUGCUGCCCCACGGUGGCAGUUACCAAGCAGUGCUGGAAGCUGAGUGGCUGCUAUCCCAAAGUCGUGUGGUGGAUGCUCUAAAGAAGCUUAAGGCAUCGGUUUUGGAAGAUGCCUGUCUAGCAGCAGACAGAUUGGCAGUGCUAAAGGCUUCAGUAGAGGAUAUGAAGAAGUCUUUCACUGCUAGAUUUUAUCAUGCAAUGCACUGCUUGAAAAGCCUCAAGAAAAAACAAGAAAUAGCUUCAAAUGUCAAGAGUAAUGGUGGGAAUCUGGGUAUGAUCAAAUAUCCGGGCACAGAGAUGUGGAUCCCUGCAGUGUUUGGAAUGAAAAUCCCAGAUCCCGGUGGGUCCAGUUUGAUGGUGCCAAUUCUGGGAAUAGACUUUGACUGGAAUAGCAGACAGCCUUCCCCACUCGCAGGGACCAUGGAAGAUGGAAAUGGAAAAGGCCUCGUCCCUAUCGCUAUUGGUGCCAGGACCAUAAGUCCAAUUACAGGUGAAAUUGGACCUGUUAUCGGUGCUCAAACCCACCCCCAGACACACAACGUAAUUCCUGUUGUUCAGUCCUUCAGAGCUUUACCGAGAGCCACGGAUUCAGAGCUGCUGGACCUCCUAGAGAAGGAAAUAAGUUCAAGGCAAAUAUACUGGAACUGCAGAAUAAAAAAGGAAGAAGGGCUCCUUAAGGAACUGAGUUCUCUAUUUCUUCAUGUCCUUGAUGCUGCAAAAGAGGGAAAGGCACAGAAGAUAAAAUACAGGGGGGAAGUGAAAGACAUUGAGGAAAUGUGUCAUUUUCUUGAAGGAUCCUCUCUGCAAGAAGCUGAGAGAAGAGCUUCAAAGUAUUUCAGCAGCCAGCUGGGCACUGCAUUACCCUUACUAUUCAAAGCUGACAGAGAUGAAAAAGAACAGGAAAUACAGGUUCUGCUGGAGAUCAGAAAGGCACUGGAAAAGCUGAUGCAGUUUGUUAAGAAGAUAGAAGAAGAAGAAAAGAGAAUGUGUGUGCAGAUUACACAGAGAGAGAAGCAGAGGGGAUGCACAUCAAGUACAGAAACAGUAACCAAUGUGGUGCUCAGAAAGGUUAUAGUCGCUCUAGCCUCUGAAUUUCAGGAAUGCAUGCUGAAACAACAAGCUAACGUGGAGACUGCAUACACUAAGCUGGAAUUUUUGAGGGACUUGUCAGACAUCCAAACCCAGCAGGCAAAGAUGCUUUUCUGUGGGUCACAACACUGUUUUGAAAACUAUGAGACAGCCAGAUACUAUGGCAGUAGUGGGAUCUCACACAGUACGUGCAAGGCCAUGGAUCACAGUGUGAUCCCACUGCUCAAGUCCAUGGUUCAGAUGCUGGAGGAAGAUAGCAGAAGUUACGUAUCAUCUGAGACACCUGAAACAGCAAGUUCUUCUCAGAGUAAACAAGAUGCCUUCUCGAGUCAAGAAGGAGAACUAAUAGUAGUGGAUUCUGCAGCCCUAUCCAGGAGGGAGUUUGUCACAUAUCAGUAUGGCAUCUCCUUGCUGCAGUUUCUCAGACUUCACAUUGAUGCUCCAGAAGUUAACCUGUGUGUUGCCUCCAGUAUUCCUCUCUGUAAUGCCACAGGCAAUGCCUUCAGGAACUCUUUCUUUUAUCAGACUUCGAAGAACAAACUGUUCAUCCUGAGGGAUUGUCUGGGUUCUGUUGGAAGUUUCCUCCUGCUCCUUGUGCACUGCUUUGCUCAUAUCACAGCUGCUGACUUCAGCCAAGACACCAACCCAACCUUUCUGAGGCUUUUUUAUCAGGCACUAAAGACUUGCCUUGGUGAGAUGUUCUCUCUCAGGCUCCAGCUGUCAGCAGUUCUCCAAGGUAAUAAAUCCUCUGGGAUAACUCAGAUGUUGCUGAAGGAAGAGCCAUUCUCCAAGGAAGAAAUAAGUCUGAUCUCCCAGCUUUUUGAGGUGAAAGGGAAAAACCUCACAGAAAUUGAAGCCUUUCAGAAGAUAAGACAGACUGAGUCCUGGUCUGGUUGAAAGCUCACCAUCCUUUUUUUCCAUACUUCAUUACAAAAUGGCAAUUAAAAGCUGCUUAUAGAUAUUAGGGCUCCCACAUUUGCAGCCAUCAAUUCCCAACAAACAUCUGUUUCAAAUCUAACAGCCUCACAAGUGGUAGCACAAAAUACCAUUUUUACCUGGAGAAAAGACCCUCGUAUCAGAAAAAAAAUUACUUGGCCUCAUACAAAUCACUAGGACAGCAAAAAAAGCAGUACUAUGAAAAUUUAAGUAAAGAGUCUAUUAAAGGUUUUAAAGUUAACACUGAUCUGCUCUCUGCGUUUCUGUGCUCACUGAAUGACAAGUUUGAGGAACCACCAAACGACAGCUUGUUUGAGAAGAGAAAAAAAAGCAUUUCCUCCAUGCCUUAGGCAGCUAUAAAAAGGGCAGCUUUGGGUGGAGGAUUGAUUUGUGAUGGUGUAGUUGAAUACAAAGCAAAUCAUGACACCUUUUCAUUAUGACCUCACUUUACAUUACAAAGCCAAUCUUCACAUCUACACAUUCUGCUACAUCUGGGCAGGUUGUAUGAAGAUUUGCUGCCUGAGAAUGUCAGAAAGACUGAUUACUUCUCCCUAAACUAUCACCACCUUCUGGAUAACAGAAGUUACAUUUCAGUGAAAUUAAUCUAACUUGGUCUCAUGAAAAGCCUACUGCUGUCACUAACAGCAGCAUUUCUACUGGCUGAUUUUAAGCACUCAAUGCCUUUAGCUCAGAAGAGGAAAUCUGUACUUACUUAUCUCCUUCAGAACUUGAGGAUAAAGUAGAUGCAUUAACUGAAAAGACACCAUAGAGAACAAACACCAUUUUUCAAUAAUAAAAGCAAACAUUUGCUUUUUGACUUUUCAUACCGGAAUCUAUGAAAGAACAAGAACUUUAAAAUUAUGCCAUGACCACUGAGCAGCCUCACAUUAACGCUGUUAAAUCACUGUUGAAUCAUUCAACAUGAAGUUUUCAACACUGAGAAGUGGGUGGGUUAUUACUGCUUUAUCAAUUAUGCACUCAUUCUGUCAUCUUCACCCUACACUGAGAUCUCACUAGGAAAAAAAAAAAAAAUUAAAAUGAAUGGGUUACGCUGCUGGAGGACAGAGCUCAGUCAUCAAAGCUGCAAGAAUUAGUUGGAAACACUACUGCUGACUCUCUGUGACAAAGAAGCCUCCCACCUCACGUCUUCUCCUUUAUUCAGUUUAUUCAGUGCCAUACAGAUCACAGCAUUUGCACAAAGAGCCGACUUCAAAACAAAGUCUUUUAAAAAGGAAAGCCUCUAUAGUAUGAGCAAAAUUGUUGUUUUGGUUUUUCUAUCAUCUACUAAACUCUAUUAAUAUCAAGUUUGACUUGCAAUGUGAUUUUUUUCUGAAAAAAAUACAGCAAGUUGUGGUGAAGCAUGACAGGUGUUACCUUACUUGAGAAGAGAAAUAUAGAACUCAGCCUUAUUAGUUAUCACCAUCCACAUUGUAUUUGAAAGUUAAGAUAGGAUCCAGUUUGAGUAACUGUGGCUUAAUACAAAUGUGCUGUGCUUUUUUUUUUUUAAAAUUUAAACUCCAACUAUGAAGUUACCUGAAAUCUACACUUAUAAUUUUAAUCAUUUAUUUGACUUUAUUUAUACAGACAGCCCUCAAGGCUUUAAAUAGCUCCUGGUUGUCUUCUUUUACAAAGCCUCUCUUUCUGGACUGCACAUUAGUCAUUUUCAUCUCAUUUGCUGACGAGGUAGCAAGGGAGGACUACAGCAAGAAGAAAUGACUGCAGGAAGCAGUCAUAUGUAUUUACACAAGCUAUUUUGACAACAAGCUUGUUGAGCAUUUUCAAGAGAUUAAGCAGCAAGACAAGCUACCACCAUUCCUUUUACCCUCGUGGCCCAGUUUAAGGAGCAGGAAGCGUUGGGCUAGGAGACAAGUCAGCAGGAAAGUCAGAGCAAAGCCAUCGUGCUGAGUGGCUGCCACAACUGAGUUAAAUAAAGUAUCCUAGAGCACAGCUCAGAAGCCCAGUAGCAUUCCAAUGAGCCCUUUCUUACUGAAAGCAUAGUCUCCAUCUCUCCAGAGUUCUGACUGAGUGAGAAGACAGCUAAAGUGACUCACAUGGUAUAGGAAAAGCUUCCUGGGGGACCAGCACUGCAGAACAGGCAUCCUUUGAUAAAUACUCCAUGCAUCGAGAAGGUGAUGUUUGCUGUGCUGCUCACUGGAGAGCUACACCAUCAUCUAUCCAUCCCUCUCCUGUCCAUGGGCUGGCUUCUUCUGACAGGUGAGCUAUAGGCUAGGAACCAGAUGGAGCCACAGGACCACCCUUCACAGCUGCACACAGCAGAGCUUCACACAUUGUGAGGUGCAGGCAUUUUGCUCCCAGUGCAAUUAACGCUGCUGCUCUUGCUACCUUGCCAGAAGGAAGCAGACUGUCUGCUCAUCCUCAGCUCUAAGGGUGU